AUGGCAGCCGCCAUCAAAGGUGUUUUGUGUGAAAGCGUGCAAGAAAAUACACACAACAGUAAAAUACUGGUUGUUGGUGCUGGCGGAAUAGGAUGUGAACUAUUAAAGAAUCUAGUUUUAACUGGAUUUAGAGAUAUUGAAGUGAUUGAUCUUGACACAAUUGAUGUAAGCAACCUGAAUCGUCAGUUUCUUUUCAGAAAAGAACAUGUUGGCAAAGCGAAAGCACAGGUCGCUAAAGAAAGUGCCAUGAAGUUUAAUCCAGAUGCUACAAUUGUAGCCUACCAUGAUAGUGUAAUGAGUCCUGAUUAUGGUGCUGAUUUCUUCAAGAAGUUUAACCUGGUUAUGAAUGCUCUGGAUAAUAGAGCUGCUCGUAACCAUGUGAACAGGAUGUGUUUGGCGGCAGACAUUCCAUUAAUCGAGAGUGGGUCCGCGGGUUAUCUGGGACAGGUCACAGUCAUUAAGAAGGGUGUCACAGAGUGUUAUGAAUGUCAGCCGAAACCCACCCAGAAAACAUUUCCGGGCUGCACCAUUAGAAACACUCCGUCCGAACCGAUACACUGUGUGGUGUGGGCCAAACAUCUGUUCAACCAGUUGUUUGGAGAGGAGGACCCAGACCAAGAAGUGUCACCAGACACAGAGGAUCCAGAACUGACAGCGGAGGCUGGGGAUUCAGCUUUGAAAACUAGUGCCAAGGAUGACAAGGUUGGAGGUAUUGAGAGGAAGUCGACAAGGGCGUGGGCUAUGGAGACUGGGCACGAUCCACAGAAAAUAUUUAAUAAGUUAUUUCGAGAUGACAUCAAGUACUUGUUGUCAAUGGAGACACUAUGGAAGAAGCGCAGGUCACCGGAGCCACUUGAUUGGGACAAACUGCCGGAUACAGGAACUGCCGGUGAGGUGAGCUGCAUGAGAGACCAGCAGAUCUGGACAGUGAAGGAGUGUGGCAGUACGUUCAGCAAGUGUCUGGCCGAACUCAAGAGCCAGUUUCUUCAGCAAGGGGACGGCGGCAUGCUCAUCUGGGACAAGGAUGAUGACGUGGCCAUGAAUUUUGUGACGUGUGUCGCCAACAUCAGGGCUCACAUCUUUGGUAUUCCGCUUAAGUCUCGCUUCGAUAUUAAAUCCAUGGCAGGUAACAUCAUCCCGGCUAUAGCAACGACUAAUGCAAUAAUCGCUGGUCUGCUUGUCAUGGAAGGUUUGAAGAUCCUAGCCGGCCGUAUUGACCAGUGUAGAGCGGUUUACUUAAAUAGACAGCCGAACCCUAGAAAAAAGUUGCUGAUUCCGUGUGAAUUGGAUAAACCGAACCCCAAGUGUUACGUGUGUUCUUCUAAGCCUGAGGUCACUGUCGCUCUCAACACCAACAAGAUUACUGUCAAGUAUUUUGAGGAGAAGAUUCUCAAGAGUGAACUGAACAUGGUUGCUCCAGAUGUGGAGAUUGAAGGAACAGGUAGCAUCGUGGUGUCCAGUGAGGAAGGGGAAACAGAUGAAAAUAUGGACAAAUUGCUGAGUGACUUUGCAAUUAACAAUGGAACCCGGUUAAAGUGCGAUGACUUUCUACAGAACUACGAGCUGGUUGUUAUAAUUGCACACGUUGACAAAUUUGAAGACGAACAAGAGUUUGAAAUAAUUGGUGAUAUAUCAGACUUGAAAUCUAAGUCAGGAGAAAAUGGGGAUUCGGGUGAUGCUAAAACAAAUGAUGUGGAUCAAAAGAAGCAACAACAAAAAGAUGACGACGAUGAUUUGGUAAUAAUGGAAGAGGAAGACGUUGAAGCGGAAGAAGAAUCGUUACCAACGAAGAGAAAACUCGAAGAAACCGAAGACACACAACCACCAGCCAAAAGAAAGGAGAUGGAUGACGAUGUUACUCCGACUGAGUCAGCCGCGGAGGAAAAGACAACAGGAAAGAAGAGAAAGGUGGACGAAACUGGCGAUAAUGAUUCAACUUUGUCGAAAAAGGCCAAGAUGGAUGAAAGUGACAACAGCAAUGAUGUCAUAGAAAUCGAUAUCGAGCCUACAUAUCUGAAAGGAGUGAAACCACAGAGCAAAAUCAUGGUGGACUCGGGGGAGGUGAUCGAGAUAGAGCCGUCGGUUUCCAAAGUGAAUAAUCAGCAACACACUGAGGCUGCGAUGGACUCUGGGGAGGUUAUUGAGAUCGAAGACGACCCUGUACCGGUGAUUCCAGUGUCAGCAGCACACGGGAGUCUGGGUAAUCCAGACGAUGUUAUAGAGAUCGAUUAGUAGUCUGUAAUCGUUUUGUUCAUCUUCACAGUGGUUACCUGUCAGUACAUUCAGAUUACCUGUCAGUACAGUCAGGUUACCUGUCAGUACAUUCAGGUUACCUGUCAGUACAUUCAGGUUACCUGUCAGUACAGUCAGGUUACCUGUCAGUACAGUCAGGUUACCUGUCAGUACAGUCAGGUUUACCUUCAGUGCAUUCAGGUUACCUGUCAGUACAGUCAGGUUACCUGUCAGUACAGUCAGGUUACCUGUCAGUACAGUCAGGUUACCUGUCAGUACAGUCAGGUUACCUGUCAGUACAGUCAGGUUACCUGUCAGUACAUUCAGAUUACAUGUCAGUACAUAUAGGUUACAUGUCAGUAAAUUCAGUACAUUCAGGUUACCUGUCAGUAAAUUCAAGUUAUGUGUCAGUAAAUUCAUUUCCAAGGUUGUGUAGGAUAGGCCUCCACAAAUAAAAAAUUAGUGUAACCUGACAGGGAGUUUUGCCGAAAUAAAAAUAUACAUAAUCCGAUUUGGUUUUCAUAAUCUUUUUUUUUGUUUUGAAAAUGGAAAACCAAAAUAAGAAACGCAUUGCUCAUUCAGUAUAUUUUAUAUAUGAAUGGUAAAUUGGUUAUACCCAAUAAAGUUGUAUAAUCAACAUACGAACAAAACCAUCAAUUUGUGGAGGCCUAUAGAAAGAAAAGAAAUUUAAUAAGUAACAUAAAACAAAGUGAAACCUUUAUUUUUUAUUAUGGAACAAAAAUAAAUUAAAAAUCUAAAUAUUAUUCUGCUGUGUGGAAGAAAAUAAGAUGAAUCUGUAAGUGCACCAUUAUGAUUAAUAGGGAAUUGUAAACCACAUCAACUGACUAGUAUUCUGUGGUUGGUAUCAGGUGUACCUGUAUAUGUGGUAUACAGGGAUUUGCCUUGUUAUUUGAAAAAUUCCAUCCUCAGUGGUUAAGCCGUCAGUAUCGAGGGUUGGCAGAUACCAAGUUCAGAUUCUAGCACCAGCUCCCAUUUAAAGUAAGGUGUGACAAAUCAGCAUUGUGACGUAAGAACACUGCACUGACUUCUGUCUUACCGCUAACCCACUGUCCUGGACAGACAGUCCAGAAAGCUGAGGUGUGUGUGUUCCCAGUUCAGUGCUUGAACCUUAUUGGAGACAAGCAUGAAAAUUAGCUGAAUAUAAAAUUAAUCAAAAUGUAAAAUAUUCUUGUUUCUAGACAGUAUUGAGCACAGUUCCUGAGUCAUUGAAACUCACAAACCACCAUGUUGCACAUUUGUUAUUUUUAAAUGAAUGUGUGGGUCCUUGUUUUUUUCCUUCUUUUUUUUUGCACAUUUGUUUUUCACCUACUUGAUUUAGGAUAAUUUUUUCAUGAAAUUUUUUGGUAAAUUGUUUAUUUGUAUACAUUGGGAUUGCUUGCAGAUAAAACAAUGGGAUUGCUUGCAGAUAAAAAUGUACAUUUCCUUUGUUCCUUAUUUGCACAAUGUGGCAAAAGCCUUUUUAACAGUGACAUGUUCCGGAGGCCGAGUGAUCACAAAUAGUUUGACUGGUACCUUCCUCUUCUAUCAUAUCACAUUCAUCUAACAUUAGGAACGAAUACUGGGUUAGCGAGUGACCACAGUCUCUCACCCUCCUGAACAUGUCUCUGAUUGUAGCUAUUUAACCUGAGGGACCAGACUUUACUAAUCACGAUACAAUGAAUAACUGUCCUUGUAUCAUCGUUACUGUAUAACACAGUGCACAUAAACAACAUUUGUUAUAAUUGUUAUGUUAGGUUUUAUUUCACAUUCGUGUGGUUGUGUCGGUCUUCAGAAACAUUACAGAGCAUGUUCUGAGUUGUCUCCCAUUGUUAAGAUAUUUCCCACUAGUAGAGCCCUUUCUUUCUGAUUACUAAAAUUACAUCUUUAAUAUAUUUUCUUGUUUAGACUGUCAGUGUCUGUAUAUCCAGUGUGUUUCUAGUCGUCCCAGUGUUUGUAAGUAGCCCAAACUGGAUUUUACCUCCCGAAUAAUUUCAUUAGUAUUAAAAA